UUGGAGGGCAGAGAAGCCGCUCUCUGGUGUUAUGUCCUCUCAGUGCCUGUAGUGGUGCUGUAGGAGGCUGCUCAGCUCUCUUCUUGAGCAGCCCCAACAGCCCUGCCUUCUUUGCUGGAGAAUAUAUUCAGGGAUUCCCCUUAAUAAUCACCUACCCUCUGAGCACUUUGUAGUUUUAAAAUAAUAAAGAGCUCCCGUUCAAAGCUUUCGUCUCUUCUAAAAGCAGGAAUCUUUCUCCUCAGAGCCAGGGGGGCAGCAACAGCAGCAGCUCCUCAGCACUGAAGCAGCUCCGAGCCCAUUCCCCGGUCCCUCUGCUGGGGAGGAAACUCUGGUCUGUCAGCCCAACAGAGGGAAAGGGGGGAGAGGAGAGAGGAGAGAAAAAAAAGCAGCUGGAAAGACAAUCUAUUUCAUCUUGACUCAUCAUCAUUCCAAGAUAGUGGCAUCUCUGGGGCUCUCUGCUAAUGUUAAUAUGGUACAGAAGAUUUAAAAUUAGCUGAUGUUCACAAGAAAAAGAAUCACGUGAUGUAUGAAGGCAAACAUAUACACUUUUCUGAGGUUGACAAUAAGCCGUUGUGCUCCUACAGCCCCAAACUGUGUAAGCAGAGGCGAUUAAAUGGCUACGCCUUCUGUAUCAGGCAUGUUCUGGAGGAUAAGACCGCCCCUUUCAAGCAAUGUGAAUAUGUGGCGAAGUACAAUAGCCAACGCUGCACCAACCCCAUCCCUAAAUCUGAGGACCGUAGGUAUUGCAACAGUCACCUACAAGUUCUUGGCUUUUUACCGAAAAAGGAGAGGAAGAAAAAGAACGAUCCAACAGAAGAGGUAAAAGUUCGGCACCAGAUGGAUUCAAUAGCCUUCAGCCUGACAGUUCCUCCCCUGGCUUUGAAGAUGCCCAAUGGCCUGGAUGGGAUGUCCCUCUCUCCACCAGGGGCCCGGCUUCCUCUCCACUACUUGGAAGCAGAAUUGGAAGACCCCUUUGCUUUCAAUGAGGAAGAUGAAGAGCUCAAGAAAGGGACAGCUGUGAAGAAAAAGUUGCAGAGCAAAUUAGCCCAAAACCGUCAACGCCAGAAAGAAACUGAGAUUCUGAAAGUUCGCCAAGAGCACUUUAGCCCCGUUCCUGCACCUUUGCAGCAGCAGCCUUUGCAACCACAGCAACAUGCCCAUCUCUCACCUAUACCAACGUCGUUAAAGCCAGCAGUGCUCCCACAGGACUUAGUCUGCAAGUCACCUCAACCUCAGAAUACCAGCCUACCAAUGCAGGGAGUGGCACCCACCACACAUGCUAUAGCACAAGCCAGGCAGUCGGCCAACAAAAGACCUCUGCCUCUCUUGCACCCUACUAAAGUUCAUGCCCCAGACCCACCCAGGGCUGACAGGAUCCUAAUGAAAGCCACAGCCUUCUCCCCAUACUCAUUCUGUAGGAGCCGGUUACAGAGACUGAUGAAACUGUGCACUCAAAAACAUCAGCUGGAUGCUGAUCUCUUUCCACAUUUAGGGUUGGACUGGUCUGAAGAUAGUGGAGAAGAACUGGAAGAAUUAGAUCAAACUUCUCCAUACCAAGUUGCAUGGUCUAUCCGGGAAGCCCUCAGAUAUGAAAGGAAUGAGCCUGAUGAUGAUUAUGCCAGUGGCAGGAGAACCCGCAUUUCCCAACUUUGCACUUACUUUCAGCAGAAAUACAAGCACCUCUGCCGCCUGGAGCGGGCAGAAUCUCAACAAAGGAAAUGCCAACAUACAUUCCGGAAAGCAUUGCUGCGGGCAGCACACAGAGAACCGGAAUAUGCUGGGCAGCUGAUUCGAGAACUCCGUAGAGCUUCAUGUCCUCGGACCAGCUCAAGCCAAGUGAAGCAGAGGGAUGCAUCACCAUGCGGUGGAACCACAAAGGGUGAACCAUGCACUAACAAGGCUCUUCCAUUCACUAAACAUUGUUUUCAACAUAUCCUUUUGAAUCGAUCGCAGCAGCUUUUUUCAAGUUGUACAGCUAAGUUUGCUGAUGGACAGCAAUGCUCUGUGCCCGUUUUUGACAUUACACAUCAGACCCCCUUAUGUGAAGAACAUGCCAAAAAAAUGGAUAACUUCUUGAGAGGAGACAGCUGUCGUAAAGUUCAACACCAGCAGCAGAAGAAACCCAGGAAAAAAACAAAGCCCCCGGCGCUUACCAAAAAACACAAGAAAAAGAGAAGACGAGGGCCACGGCGCCCCCAAAAGCCAAUUCCUCCUGCUGUACCCCAAGGAAACCUUAUUAUGCCCACCAGCAUCUCACUGCCAAUGGAGAUAGCUCAUAUACGGAGUCCCUCCACACCUGAGCUGAGUACAGAUGAGCUGCCAGAUGAUAUUGCCAAUGAAAUCACAGACAUUCCACAUGACCUGGAAUUGAAUCAGGAGGACUUCUCUGACGUCCUACCACGACUGCCUGAUGACUUGCAAGAUUUUGAUUUCUUUGAAGGUAAAAAUGGAGACCUCCUCCCUACCACUGAAGAAGCAGAGGAACUGGAACGGGCCUUGCAGGCCGUAACUUCUCUUGAGUGCCUGAGUACUAUUGGUGUGCUCACUCAAACAGACGGUGUACCAGUUCAGGAACUAUCGGACAGAGGAAUAGGGGUGUUUUCCCCAGGUGCUGAAACUUCAGGAAUUCAAUCUUUGAGCCGAGAAGUCAAUGCAGAUCUAGGUGAGCUGCUGAAUGGGCGCAUAGUACAUGAUGACAAUUUCUCUAGCCUGGAUCUUGAUGAGAACUUGCUCCGUUCUGCUACCUUAUCCAACCCAUCUACGCCCCUGGCAGGGCAGAUUCAGGGGCAAUUCUCUGCCCCAGCCAACGUUGGCCUUACUUCGGCUACUCUGAUAAGCCAGAGUGCGCUUGGGGAGAGAGCCUUCCCGGGACAGUUUCAAGGACUUCACGAUGGCAGCCAUGCCUCCCAGAGGCCACACCCUGCCCAGCUGCUAAGCAAGGCAGAUGACCUAAUCACCUCACGACAGCAAUACAGCAGUGACCAUUCACACUCCUCACCCCAUGGAAGCCAUUAUGACAGUGAGCAUGUGCCAUCACCUUACAGUGACCAUAUAAGGUCCCCCAGUUCCACCUCUUAUUCUAGCGAUAAUUUGGCAGCUACUUUCUCUACUGAGAUGCCCAUCAUAGCACAGCAUCUGCUCCCAUCGCAACUGGAGGUGCCACUUAGUGGGGUGGUGAAUCCCAGAACUCACUGGGGGAGUCUCCCUGUAAACCUUGGUGACCCUUCUCCAUUUAGUAACCUGCUUGGUGCAGAUGGACACCUCCUUUCCACUUCCCUGUCUACACCGCCUACUACAUCGCACUCAGAGACCACCCAGCCUGCCUUCGCCACCGUGACCCCCAACAGCUCCAGCGUGCUUCCGGGGUUACCACAGACCAGUUUCAGUGGCAUGGGUGCUGCAUCUUCUGAGCUCAUGGCCUCCACUUCUCCUAAGCAGCAGCUCCCACAGUUCAGUGCAGCCUUUGGCCACCAACUAAGCUCCCACAGUGGCAUUCCCAAGGACCUGCAACCCAGCCACAGUUCCAUAGCUCCUCCAACUGGCUUUGCUGUAACAGGUGCCACAGCUACAAGUACCAAUAAUGCAUCAGCUCCCUUCACCACCUCCAGCUGAGUUUGUCUGCCUGUGAAUGACAGGCAGCUUGGGUACUUUAUGUAACCAUCAUUGCAUCCACCACCACCUUUUCUCUUCCUGGUUUUUGUCACCCCCUUCUUUUUAAAGACUUUUUUUUAAAUUUAAAACAAAAUGUCCUGAUUCAGUACAGACCAGGGUUUUCCUGUUAAGCUCUGUUCUAAUUAUCCUAUGUGCUGUUUAUGUAUUGGUGCUCAUUUAUUUCUGGCAGGUUGCUGUACUUAUCCAGUUAAUACUCAGUUAGGGAAUACAGCACAGAUACUGGAUGCAAUUGAUUUUAGUCAAAGAAAGAUGAAGAUGUAUGUAAUUGACCUUAGAAUCAGAAAUGAGAUGAUACCUCAAAUAAAACAAAUGCAAGUUCCUAAGGUUCAGAUUGGACUUUCAGUCCCAUUGGCAUCUAGGGAAGAGAAGGAAGUUGCUUUAUUUUUGAAAGUGUGGGUGGAUUGAAAGUCAGCCUUUUUAAUUUGAUAACUGGGCACUAUAGAAUUAAGCCAAGACCAUAAUCCAGUUGUUAAUUCUGUCAUCUUAACAAGUGGGCUCUUGACCUCUUCUGUGAGUUUAGAGGUGUGUUUGUGUGUGUAAGUAUAUAGAUGGAUAAAUGGCAAUUCUUUUCUUUCUUGUCUUGAAGAAGCUCCUCAAACUAGUGACUGUU